GGGCGAUAAAGGAGGGCUGGCCGAGAUGGAGGCGGCCUCGCAGGUGCCUGGGGUGUCGGUGGUACUGCAACGUGGCUUCUCCGUAGCACUUGCGCCCGAGUGUCCGCAUGGUCCUACUCUUCUGUUUACAAGGAUUCUUCAAGGGAAAGAAAAGGGAAGAAGAUUUUAUGCUUGUUCUGCUUGUAGGGGAAGAAAAGACUGUAAUUUUUUUCAGUGGGAAGAUGAAAAGAUAUCAGAAGCUCGACUUUCAGCACGGAGACGAUACAAUGAGACUCAUCGGCCAUCUAAAACUCAUGCAGACAAUGUUAAAAGGUACAAGGAUUUUAUCACUCUACCACUAUCGAAAAGGAAGUUUUGCCAAGAAUGCCAACUGCUGCUGUUGGUACCUGAGUGGGAAAGACACUCUGGCCAUCUGAUGCUUACUGAUAUCUCAGUUGCCCAACUGAGAAGGCCUAGCCAACUCCUUAGUCCUCUGGAGGACAAGAAGACUUAUGCACAGUACCUCUUCUCUGACAGAAGUGGCCACUUCCUGCUGGAUCUUCUUAGUGCGCAAGGUUUCAAAAGGGUGCUGUGCGUGGGCACUCCAAGGCUUCAUGAACUGAUCCAACUGGAAGCUUCACCCAAAGGGAAGAUCUCCAUGAAGAGCCUUUUGCUCGAUAUUGACUUCAGGUAUUCGCUGUUUUAUCCCGAGGAGGACUUUUGCCAUUAUAACAUGUUUAACCAUUGUUUCUUUGCUGGAGAGGCUGCUUCCCGUGUAUGUGAGGAAUUCCUGCAGCAAGACCAAGGGAGAGAUGUCGUCAUGGUGGCUGAUCCACCUUUUGGAGGCUUGGUUGAAGCGUUGGCUUCUAGUUUCCAAAAGCUGACUGCAAUGUGGAGCCCAGCAAAAGGUGCAGAUUCUGCCAACAAAGAGCUACCUAUCCUUUGGAUAUUUCCGUAUUUUUUUGAAUCACGCAUUCUUGAAUUUUUCCCAAGUUUCACUAUGUUGGAUUAUCAGGUUGAUUAUGACAAUCAUGCCCUAUAUAAGCAUGGGAAAAAAGGCCGUAAACAAUCCCCAGUUCGUAUUUUUACUAAUCUGUCACCAUCUUCAAUAGUACUUCCUGCAGAAGAAGGAUACAGGUUUUGCUCUGUCUGUCAGCGAUAUGUCAGCUCCGAGAACCAGCACUGUGACAUCUGCAAUUCAUGUACUUCAAAAGAUGGCAGACAUUGGGCUCAUUGUAACCUUUGCAAAAAAUGUGUAAAACCCUCUUGGAUUCACUGUAGCAUCUGUGAUCGCUGUGCAAUUCCCAGUCACCCUUGUAAAGAAGCUCAUUCUGGGUGCUUUAUUUGUGGAGAAGCCACCCACAAACGCACUGCGUGUCCAAAUCGGCAGAGGAGCCGCAGAGUUGACCAAGAUAGCAAAAGGGCAAAACAGAAAAAGAAGAAAAUAAAGGGGGUUGUUGUGAAAAUAGCAUGUGGAAAAAAGGCAAAAGCUGCAAGAAGAAGAAAAAACAAGAAAUAGAAAAAUUAUUUGAGUGCUUAUAAUGUUCCUUUAUUUGCUAUUGUCCCAUUACUAAUCUGGGUAUUAAAAAUAUCACUGGAUUCACAGAAAAAGGCAACUAGAAUCUUAGAAACAGCCAAAUAUGUGCACAUAUUUGAAAAAUCAGCCAAGGUGUAUAAAUGAUUCAGUAACUUCAACUUUGUUGUUAAAAAUGAUGUAACAUUUUAUAAACAUGAGUGUUUAUUUUUAUAAAACAAAAAUAAAACCUGGGGUUAAAAUACUCCCAUUUUCCUUUCAUCAGUGA